UUGCAGUUCAAAGUUGUAAAGCUACUGCAAGUAGUGACAUUGACAACAUCACCUCUCUCUCUCUCUCUUCCAUUGGAGGCUUCAUCUUCAUGUGCACCACCGACUAUUCAAGGUUUAACAGCCAUGGAUUUAUCUCUUCCAGACUUAUUAGACGAUGUAACAUCCUUUGCAUCCAAGACCGGAUACCAUACUCUAGAUGAUUUGAUGAGCGACUUUUCGCCUUUUCAUGGGUGUGAUAUGCUGGAGGAAGAUGCUUUGAAUGAGAAAUCUUGUAUGCAAGUGCUGAAGAUAUGGAUUGACAAAGCAGAUGAAGAUAUUGUAAAACUUGAAGAAGAUAUAUUGAUGCUUCAGUGCCAACUGGCUUGGGAUGAUGAGAAGUGGUCUAAACAAUGCACUGUUGCUUUGAGAGAAAAGACUGAUCAUCUUGAUAUUUUGAUACAACGCUUGAAGAAGGACAAUAAUGGAAACAACCUCCAAUCAGAAACUGAGGAACUUCCACCAAGAUUACAUGAUCUUCUGAAGCCUUUGAUGGAAAGUUACAUAGCAAAGAGUGAGCAAGCAGAAACCAGUAUGCCACAGAUGCCUGUUCCACCGGAUGCUGAACAUAACAAGAAAACAGAAGAAAAUGCAUCCACCAUCAUGCUCAAAACCUAUGAGAGAAAGGGCAAGUCUACAGAGCUUGAAGAUAGGAAAAUAUACCUUCCCCAACAAAAGAAAGAUGCAGUUAUCAGAAACUUUGAUGCAAGUGCUGACAAGUGUACAAACGACGAGGUCGCUGUAAAGGUUGUAAAUAAGCCAAGCACACUAGAACGAAGGAGAAUGCUAAAUUCGCUCCACACGCAGUUAGAGCUACCAGAUCCCAUGGUGAAGGAAUUAAGUGCAAGCAUGUCUGUAGAGAAAGCUACUUCAAGGGAAGUUGAAGAGAAGAAAAAUAACUACGACAAGGCUAGCUCAGAGGCAAAAGUCAUUCGAGGCAAGAUUCGACAUAAAAUCAAGGCGGAUUACAUGAAAGCCAGAACUGAACCUUUGAGUAAGGCAGGGAAAGCAAGGGUGUCAUACGAGCGUUCUACAAGAAGCACUUCAGUGAAAACAGUGAAAACAAAAGGAAGAAAUACAAAAAUUUUACAAAUACAAGAAGCAGUGAAGGAUCUUGCAACAGAAAUGAAGAACCCCUCAUUGAAUGACAGAACCAAGCAAGUGAACAGUGCAAGAAUGGAAUCGGAGGAGUGUCAAAUUCAAGUGCAACAGAAGGCAAGCAAGGAAUGGCAACAAAUUGUUCAAAACCCACAGCCAGUAGUACAUGAAGUACACGUGAUGGUGGCAAAAAAAGAUAGAGUUUCAAAAAAAGAAACUGAGCAGCAUGUGAGUAAAAACGAUGUAGCUGGCCCAUCAGAAGGCACUGCAGCAUCAAGUUUGUUUCCACAAGAGCCUCUGAGUUCACAAACCACAAGCCAGAAAGGAGGUCUCAAAAUCUCUCUGAUGAAACAUGCUAAGACCAAGUGUGAUGCCUCAAAUAGCACGGCUGAGGAAGCCACAGAUGGGCCGAAGAACGUGCCUCAUUAUCUGCCAUCUUCAUGCAUCAAGACUACUGAGAAAUUAUCACUUAGCAAUCUCAAGGCCAUUGCAAAGAGUCGAAAGAUACGCAGCCCCUGCUCAUUGAAUGACAGAACCAAGCAAGUGAACAGUGAUAGAAUGGAAUCAGAGGAGUGUCAAAUUCAAGUGCAACAGAAGGAAAGCAAGGAAUGGCAACAAAUUCUUCAAAACCCACAGCCAGUAGUACAUGAAGUACACGUGAUGGUGCCGAAAAAAGAUGGAGUUUCAAAAAAAGAAACUGAGCAGCAGCUGAGUAAAAACGAUGUAGCUGGCCCAUCAGAAGGCACUGCAGCAUCAAAUUUGUUGUCACAAGAGCCUCUGAGUUCACAAAUCUCUCUGAUGAAACAUGCUAAGACGAAGUGUGAUGCCUCAAAUAGCAUGGCUGAGGAAGCCACAGAUGGGGCGAAGAACGUGCCCCAUAAUCCGCCGGCUUCAUGCAUCAAGACUAUGGAGAAAUUAUCACUUAGCAAUCUCAGGGCCAUUGCAAAGAGUCGAAAGAUACGCGGCUACUCUAGACUUAAGAAGGAAGAGCUGCGAAAAUUUCUUGGCUUCGACUGAUUGUUAUUGUGGACUUCAUAUGUAAAUACAAUCUAAGCCCUGAUCCUGACUCAUACAAGACAGAAAAAGGUGUGUGUUUUUUCUUCGACUGUGGAUACGACAACAAUGCGGAGAAGCAACUGAUAGAUAGUAAUUCAAUACAUGUUAAGUCCAUUACUGCAAAAUUUAUAGUUGAGCUCAGGAUUGACUUCAA